CAAGGCCCAUUUGCGUCGAGCGAACCCUGGACAUCGAGGAGCGGUGGACCAGCCGCGCCACAGUAUCUCCCCGGGGGGACGCGCCGCUCCACUCCAAGCUCCGGCGACCGCGCCGCCGGCGCCGCUGAAUCAUCUCUGCUCCCAGAGGCUGUGGUCCAUCCAGUAGAUUGUGAAUUGCGAUUCACGAGAGGCGCAUUGACCACAAUGGCUCUAACGCUUCUCCGAGGGAUCAGAACACCAACCUUAUUUAGAGCAAAUUUCAGCCUGUUCUGUACCACUCAACACCGUCCACUAGCUCACUUCACAACUAGGGCGGAGAGUGUGCAGACUACUGAGCCCAAAGCAGUGCCCAAGUCAAUUCAACAGGCUACUAAGGAGGCGGCGGAGCAGAAGACACAAGGUUUUGAAUCCGUUAUCGGCAUUGAGACCCAUGUCCAGCUCUCGACCAUCACAAAGGCAUUUUGCUCCUGCCCACACAACUAUGGCUCGCAGCCUAACAGCACUGUUUGCCCCACCUGCAUGGGCCACCCUGGAACAUUGCCGCUUCUGAAUGCAAAGGUUGUUGAGUGUGCAGUGAAAAUGGGCCUUGCUCUCAACUGCAAGAUCUCCAUGACAUCCAAGUUUGAUCGGAAGCAGUACUUCUACCCGGACCUACCCAAGGGGUACCAGAUUUCGCAGUUUGACAUUCCAAUUGCUGAGAAGGGUUACCUUGAUGUGGAUAUUCCAGUUGAGUUUGGUGGUGGUCACAGGCGAUUUGGGGUCACGAGGGUUCAUAUGGAAGAAGAUGCUGGCAAGCUGCUUCAUUCUGAAUCCGGAAGUUACUCUCAGGUUGACUUAAACAGAGCCGGUGUUCCUUUGCUUGAGAUUGUCUCAGAGCCAGAUAUGAGGACAGGGAUAGAGGCUGCUGAGUAUGGUGCUGAGAUGCAAAGGCUUGUUAGGUACCUGGGAGUGGGCAAUGGUAACAUGGAUGAAGGUUCCCUUCGCUGUGAUGUGAAUGUUUCUGUUCGACCAAUUGGACAAUCAGAAUUUGGUACAAAGGUUGAAAUAAAGAAUAUGAACUCAUUUUCUGCAAUAAGUAGGGCAAUAGACUAUGAAAUCUCCCGGCAGAUUCUUCUUCACAAAGGAAGCCAGGCUGAUCAAAUUGUACAAGAAACCCGUCUUUGGGAUGAGUCCUCUCAGAAAACUUUUACAAUGCGAAAAAAGGAGGGACUCGCCGACUAUAGAUAUUUUCCCGAGCCUGAUCUUCCUGAAGUUGUUCUCACUAGUGAGUACAUUGAUGAAAUUCGUAAUUUGAUGCCCGAGCUUCCUGAGGCAAAGCGUAGGCGCUAUGAGAACAUGGGACUCAGCAUGCAAGAUGUUAUUUUCCUAGCUAAUGACGAUAAGGUUGCUCAUUUCUUUGAUUCCACACUCGAGCAUGGCGCUGAUGCAAAGCUAGCUGCCAACUGGAUCAUGGGUGAUAUUACUGCUUAUCUGAAGGAUGAAAAACUUUCUAUUGAUGAAAGUAAAUUAACACCUCUGGAGCUUUCUGAAAUGAUUGCAUACAUAAAGAAUGGAACUAUCAGUGGGAAAAUUGCCAAGGAGAUUGUGGUUGACCUCAUUGCCAAAGGCGGAACUGUUAAGUCUGUGAUAGAGGAGAAGGAUCUGGUUCAGAUUACCGAUCCAGCAGCAAUUGAGGCCAUGGUAGAUCAAGUACUCGCUGACAAUCCGAAGCAACUUGAGCAGUAUCGGGCUGGGAAAACCAAGUUGCAGGGCUAUUUUGCUGGCCAGGUGAUGAAAGCAUCAAAGGGUAAAGCAAGCCCUGUUUUAUUGAACAAAAUCCUGGGGGAGAAGCUGAAGGGCAGCUGUUGAGGGUUUUUUCUUGGCGCAUCAAGUGGUCCUUGAUGACUGGAACAUCGAACGAAAGCAAAACCCUGCAGCGGGAACUACAAUUUUGGGCGAAAACAUCUCCGAUUCUGGUUUUUGUAGGCGUAGUUCUUGCUUUGAAUUUGGGAUGGAUCUCGUUUCCCCCUCGUUUAGAGCCGGAUUUUGUAAGAAAAAACAAUCCAGCUCACAUAACACUGUGUUUGAGCUGAUAAUAAGAAUGGAGUAGUGUGCUGUACAGAUGAAUUAUCUGCAUAGAGUUACAUGUUACUAUAUCCUGUUUUUCUAUUUAUUGUUUUACAUCCUAGAACUUCAAA